AUGGAAGAGCAUUUUUAUUCAAAAAAUUGUUGUCAAUUUUGUUGAUAUUUUCGCAUAUAGUACAGAAAAUUGUGUAGCCGAAGAUAAAAGUUGACGUGUUAACUUUGAAUUUGGGCCUACUUAUCCUAAAUUUGGGCUAUAAAGUAAAAAGUGUAAAAAAAGGAGCUCACAUUUGUUGCCAGUGGACUGGAGAUCCGAAGGUACUUUAUGUCUCAUUUAUUUCUAGAAGAUAUUUUAAUGUGGUUUAGUCUGUACCUAAGAUAUGCUUAGGAUCUCAAAUUGUAAGAGUCUAUUUUAAGUCAUUUCAAAGUUAGUCAAAGUAUUUUUAGAAUUUGUCUAACAUCUCAGUUUAUUAGAGUCUAUUUUAAGUCAUUUUUAAGUUAGUUAGACUUUGCCCCCUGUUAGGAUCUUCUUUUUGAGGAGGGCCCAACCUCUUUUCUUCACCUAUAUUAAUGUAGCCCAAGACACAAGUUGAAGUGUCAACUUUGAUUUGGGCUCACUUAUUCUCAAUUUGAGUCAUACAGUAAAAAUUGCAAGAAAGUAGCCCGCAUAUGUCACUAGUGGGUUGGAGGUUUGAAUUUGGGCCCACUUUAUAUCCUUUCACUUCUAGAAAGUACUUUAUGUUUCAUUCCUUCUAGAAUAAACUUUUGGAGUUUAGUUUGUACCUAAGAUCUGUUCAAGAUCUCUAAUUGUCAGAUUCUGUACUUAAGAUCUGUUUAGGAUCUCUGACUGUCAGAUUUUGUAGCUAAGAUCUACUAAAGAUAUCUAAUUAUCAGAGUCUGUUUUAGGUCAUGUCAGAGUAUUUUUAGAUGAUCUGUCUAAUAUCUCAAUAUGUCAGAGUCUAUUUUAAGUCAUUUCAGAGUUAGUUAGACUAUGUCCCCAUGAUCUGUCAAUAUCCUCUUUUUGGGUAGUUCCUAACUUCCUUUCUAAGCCUAUAUAAAGGCCACCAUUGUAAUAUGAGGUACUCAUUUUUUUAGUUGAAUUAGUUUUCUCCACUGUGAGAACUUUUCCCUCUUGCUUGUGGUUUCAGGCACCUCCUUGUGGAUUCAAGGGUUGAAGACUACAAAUCUUUAGAUUCAGAUGCAGAUUUCUUCCCCAAGCUUUGUGCAUUCAAACCUAUAUCUUGUUUAUCUUCUGUGUUACUACUACAUCAGUUGAUAUCAGAACAAGUCAAUGUUUCAAUUCAGGUUCAAAAUGUCACAAGGUAAAUCUGCUCAUAUUGGUGAUGAUGAUUCACUUGAUGUUUAUCCUAUUUGAAAAUCAACUUUUUUUGUAUUUCAAGAUUGAAUAGAUCAAAAAUUUGAUGAUAUUAGUGAUAUGAGAGUUCAAUGUGGAUGUUACACACCGUGGCAAAGAAAAAAUUUAUAUUUUCUAUAGAAAUAGAAAAAAAUUAUUCUGGUGCAAUAAAAGACAAUGAUUUAUAAAAGUGAAUGAGUACUUGACUUGCAUCAUUUGUGUUUUUACAUGAUAUGAAGUGUUAUUUUUCAAAAAAAAUUAAUGACCACAAAAACUGAGUCAGCUGUUCUGUGUUCAUGGUAGAGCUAAUACAAAAUCUAUUAAAAUAUUAACCCCUAAACAUUGUGGAAUAGGUAAUAGGGUGUAUAGUCUAGUAUUUUGACUUUGUCCUUUGUAGGUUUGACAAACCUCUCAUUUAGGAAUAAAAAUUUUUAUAUCUCUCUUUAGUUGGGGCUAAUAAUAUCGCUUUUCAAUAUACUGUAAGGUCUUGUCUCGACUAAAGUGUCUUGCUUAACCUGAAGAGUGUUGCCAUGUUUGUAAAGUACGGACCACAACAUAAAAUUACAGUUCAUAUGUUGUCUAUUUUUUUCUUGCCUCAGAAAGUAUUUUUACUGAAAAAUGUUAGUAGCCGACCGUCUUGUGAGAGUACACCUCCAAUGCCAACUAUAGAUGCAUCACAAUGCACUUUAAACACUUUCUCAUUUAUCAUCAAAAUUUAACACUACCAAAAUUUAACACUACAAGAAUUUAAUUUAUCUUUUAUCAUGAAAUCUUUGAACCAGAUGAAUUAUGAUUGGUGUUGACCAAUCUUUGAUGGCCAUCACCUUUUUUUCAUCCACUUUGAUAUCAAAGUAGCAGUUAUGAAGUCAUAUUUCUUCAAAUUAAUGUAUAAUACAUUUUGUUCUAGAAGUUUAAACACUGGUCUCAGAUUUUUCAUCAUUUUCAUAAAGGUACUGCAAGCGUUGGAUAAGCCAAAAGGCAUGACCAAAAUAAUGAUCUGCCUAGGUAUGACCAAAAGCGUUGGAUAAGUGUUGAAAACUCAUUCAACACAUUCUGUGCUGCCUUAGGUAUAACACCAGAAUAAUGAAAAGAACUAUUCCUUUUUUUAUGAGCAUAAAUACUUUAAUAUUUUCUUUCAAUGUAUUAAAAAGUUUUUUUUUGUCAAUCAGCAUAACUUGCUUCUUUUCUUUAACUAUGCUAAAAAACUGUUUUUCUUUUAUUGGGUGUAAAAUAGACUUCUUACCAUUUUUGUAAAAGGCAUAAUGAUUAUCUUUGUCAGAUGAGUUGCAUUCAAAUUAAAUUGUCAUGGUCUACCCAAAUUUAUAUUCUGUUUAAAGCAUAUAUCAGCCAUCAAACGACUAGAGAGUGACGAAAAUCUUCUUCUUGUUCGGCUUCAAUAAGAUUCUUCUGAAUUUCUUCUUGAUCCUCUGCACCUUUAAUUUCAUCUUCAUCUAUGGCCUUUGUGAAAUUCAUAACACCGUUUUUUGGGCAAGCAUUUCAUUUGUGACAUUCCUCAUUACGUCAUGAACAUUUUGAAAUAGAGAUAGGUACAUCUAGAUUCUUUUGAGAAGAAUUUCAUCGACGAGGAAUAGUUCUACAUAGUUCCAACUUGUUGACACAUUUUUUGAAGUUUUUGAAAUCUUUAAAGUUUUUGUUAUUUAAAUCUUUAAAUUUUUGUACCAUAUAAAUCUUAAAAUCAAUAAACUCUUGUUUCAAGAUAGUACAUACUUCAGAACUUUCAUUAUUAUUGAUGUGCAUCCCUUUACCUCAUGACAUCCUGUAAAUCUAGAUCUGGAACACUAAGCUUGCUCUGAUACUACUUAACACAGUUAAGCUUGAGUUGGGAUCAACCCUGAUGUUGUGGGGGUUGAAGACACGUCUCGGAUCUUCCGAAAACAUACACCAAUGGUUUGGAGUCCCGAAGGGGGUGAUUCUCAAUCCGAAAAUUCAAGAACAGGUUCCCUGUCCCCAGGGGUCCUGGAGUCCACCAACAAAAGAAGAGAACUUCAAGAGAAGAAAUUUGAAUUUCAGAUCAAAUAUUGAAAAAUAAAAUUAGGUAAGAAUUUAGAUGUUCAAGGUAUGCAUUGCCAUUCAUCUUCUCUACCACUUCAUAAAUCUAGUGAUGUUUGUUACGGCAUCAGUUUUUUGAUCAAGCACAACACAGAAAAAAAGAAUGUUUAGUGAACCUGCGUGCUGAGAUCACAUGCUUUGAUUAUCUCAAGAAAUUGUACCUAGAUGCGAUGAUUUUUCUCAAUGAUGGUUUUUCUCAAGAAUUUAUUUUCAUCAAGAACUCACUUCUUUAAAGAAAUUGUUCACCUACUUGAAAUUACUGAGUUAAUUAUCUCUGACAUAGGUCCUAGGGUUAUAUCUCACUUCUGACAAACUCACACAAAAACUGAUGGUUAGAUUGAAGUUGUGAAUAAAAUUAUUGACAAUUUGAUUCAUUGUAUGUUAGUAGAAAAGUCAAAACAAUGGGAUUAUGUUUCUGCUAAAACAGAGUUUGCCUAUACCGAGACCAGUGAGAACAAGUAUUACUUUGAACAAUAUAGUUAAACAUAUAAUUAAUGUGUGAUACACAAUUAUGAAAAAUAUAAAGCAGCAGCAAAUAAAAAAAGAAAAAAGAUGUUUUAACUGAUUUCACAACAUGCAACUAUAACAAGUUAAAACCAAAGAAAUAUGGACCAUAUAAAGUUCUUCAUAAGAUUAACUACAAGUUAUGCAUCAUUGAGCUCCCACUAAAUUUGACCAUUUCACUGACAUUCACAAAGUGAAAAUUGUUAAAAAAUUACCCACAUGUCACAAGUGGGCUGAAGGUUCAAAAAGUAAUAUUUAUUUUUUAUUUUAUGCCCUUUUGCUUCUAGAAGUUACUUUAUCUAUCUGUCUUUCUAUAAGUGACUAUAAUAUAGUUCAGUGUGUUCCUAAUAUCUCUUCAGGAUGUCUGAUUGUCAGAGUGUGUACCUAAUGGCUAUUCAGUGUAUCUAACUUCCAGAGUUUGUACCUACAGUCUAUUAAGUAUAUCUGACCUUCAGAGUCUGUCUAAUGUAGUUAAGGACAAAAGUAAAAAUCUGCAAUGAAGUAAAAAGUUGAAGAAAAGCAGCCAAAUUUGGCCCAAAUUUAGCCCACUUUAUGAUCUUGUCACUUCUAAAAGGUAAUUUUAGAGAGACAGUAAAUCCAACUGUCUGAUUCCAUUUAGAAGAGACUUUAAUGUGGUUCAAUAUGCACCUAAGAUCUGUUCAAGAUCUCUAACUGUCACAAUCUAUAUCUAAAAUCUGCUUGAGAUCUCUCUCUGUCAUACUGUGUUUUUGGAUAUUUCAGAGUUAGUCAAAGUAUUUAUAGAGGAUCUAUCUAAGAUCAUAGUUUGUAAAAGUUUUACAAUUUUUAAACUCUUAAUCUGUGGAUUUGGAGGCAGGUUUUUUUCUUAAUAUUGGAGCUUCGCUCAUUCAAGUCAUAUCUUUUUUAUCUUCCGCAUAACUGCUUCUUCAGAUCGUAUCAGAGCAAGUCAACAUUUCAAUGAAGGUAAAAAAUUAAUAGGACGUAAAUCUGCUCAUAUUGGUGAUGAUGAUUCACCUGAUUAUUUUUCUAUCUCAAAAUCCAAUUUUAUUACAUUUUCAGAUCGAAUAGAUUAAAAAAUUGAGAUCAGGAGAUCAGAAGGUUAGAAAAACCAGUUCUACAGUUAUUUCUCUAGCUUAAUGAUAUUGUACUGGCUGCACAUUCUGCUGUAGCCUUAUUAGUUAAAGGAAAAACCAGAAUUUGAAAUUUUGGAAGUGAAAAUUUAACUCUUAAGCAAAAUAUAGUGGAGGUGUAAAGUUCAGUGAGAACAAGGGGAGCAAAUUCUUCUGUCCAUGUCUCUACUAAAAAAAAUCUUUACACUCCUAAUGUCAUUUCUAAAUCCUGCACGUGUAAAGAAAGUAGACACAAAUCAAAUAUCUGUCCUAAAUGUGGCACGGUAAACCUUGCAGAUUGAAGGUGAGGUAGAAGAAAAUUUAUUAAAUUUGAUACUAGAGAUAAACUAUCACAUUCGCUUGUAGUCAGAAGAUUCAUGUAUACCAAAAAAAAGAAGAAGACAGACAACUAAUAAUAUUUUCACAUUAGCGUGUACUGUGAAUUCAAAGUAAUGUGAUAUAAUAAAUGAUAAUAGUAGUAGUGAGAUUAUUCUCUUUUGUGAUGGUUAGAAAAUAAUAUUAACAGACGAACAAAUCUUUCAUGACGCAGCAGUAGCUCAGAAGAGAAACAAGAGAUGGGCUUGAAUCCUCAAAGCACCAAUCUUGGAGAAGAAAUCUGCCUCUGAAUCCAAAGAUUCGGUGUCCUAAACCCUUGAAUCCACAAGUAGAGCUAUCAACAAGAUAA